AUGGCUCUUGAUUUGGUACUCAUGGUAACACUGUUGUCUUUCAGCAAUGCCGUCCACUCUGCAUUUCCUCCUACACUCAUCACUGAGAUGGCGAAAAUCAUCACAGACAACUACUGCUCACCAGAAAGACUAUCUGGCAUGGAGGAACUGAUGCGUUCCACCACCAACAACACAGAGAUCCUCAACAUCGAAGAUCCCGGUACUCUUGCCAGCUUGCUAACUGACGGAAUAAAGAACAUCGUUGGUGAUCCAAGACUUCAGGUCACCUAUGAGCCAGAUUAUGUUCCGGUUGCACCACCAGCGAUUCCUGACAUCCCUCCAGAGCACCUGGCUGCUGUGGUCAAGAAAACGGUCAACGUUGAGGUCCUGGAGGACGACAUCGCCUACCUGAAGAUUCAGCACAUCAUCGGGGAGGAGAUGGCUCAGAAGAUCGGGCCGCUCCUGCUGCAGCACGUUUGGGACAAGGUCCUCCCGACGUCUGCCAUGAUCCUGGACUUUCGCUCAGCGGUCAGCGGGGAGUUCUCUGGCAUCCCUUACAUCGUCUCUUAUUACACCGAUCCCGAGCCUCUCAUUCAUAUCGACUCUGUGUACGAUCGGCCGUCGAACAGCACCGCCGAGCUCUGGUCGAUGCCCACCUUGCUGGGAAAGAGGUACGGAACAUCAAAGCCUUUGAUCAUUCUGACAAGCAAGAACACGAUCGGUGUCGCAGAAGACGUCACGUUUUGUCUUAAGAACCUUAAAAGAGCCACUAUAGUCGGAGAGAAUACCGCUGGCGGAUCUGUAAAAAUCGACAAGAUUAAGAUUAGCGAUACUGCUUUCUAUGUCUCGGUACCUGUGGCUAAAUCCAUCAACCCCAUCACUGGGAAGACCUGGGAGGUCAGCGGAGUGGCUCCUGAUGUCGCCGUUGAUCCAGAACACGCCAUCGAUGCUGCAGUCGCAAUUAUUAAGCUCCGUACUAAGAUUCCUGUGCUUCUCAAAGCAACGGCAUCUUUGGUAGCGGAGAACUACGCUUUCGAGAGCGUCGGGGCCACUGUAGCUAAAAAGUUAGAGGCUCUUGCUGACGGUGGCGAGUACAGCUUGGUUUCCUCGAAGGAAGAACUGGAAGCAAAGCUGUCAGCCGAUCUUCUAGGACUGUCUGGAGACAAGUGUCUAAAAGUUACAGCCAACACCCCUGCACCGCCUCCAGUGAGUGCGUCACCUGAAAUGCUACUUGCGCUCGUCAAUGCUACGUUUCACACAGACGUAUUUGAGAACAACGUCGGUUACCUGCGCUUCGACAUGUUCGGAGAGUUCGAACAGGUCGCCGCUAUUGCUAAGAUCAUUGUGGAGCAUGUUUGGAACAAAGUGGUGGAUACAGAUGUGAUGAUCAUCGAUCUGAGAAACAACAUCGGAGGAGCCACGACGCCCCUCGCUGGAUUCUGCUCGUACUUCUUUGAUGGUGAGGUGCCGAUCGUGUUGGAUAAACUCCACGACCGAGCGUCUGGCACCACUACAGAACUCGUUACCCUCCCAGAGCUGACAGGUAGGAGAUACGGUUCCAAAAAGGGCCUGCUCGUCCUGACCAGUGGUGUGACAUCCGGCGCAGCGGAGGAAUUCGUUUACAUCAUGAAGAAGUUCGGUCGUGCCAUGAUUGUCGGUGAGCCGACCCGUGGCUCCUGUCACCCUCCGAAGACUUUCCGAGUGGGUGACAGCGAUAUUUUCCUGGCCGUUCCUACCACCCACUCAGUUACUGCCCAGGGUCCGGCUUGGGAAGGAGCUGGAAUCACCCCUCAUGUCCCUGUGGCUGCCAGCGGAGCUCUGGAUGUGGCCAAGGGCAUCAUUAACAAGCACUUUAUAAAGCAGAAAUAAGUGUUUUGUAGAAUAGUGGGGCAUCCAGAUGUUUUGUGUAGUUUGUGUUUAGAAUUAAGUGGGCCGUGGUGCUUCAGGGGUAGAAAACGUUCAGUAGAAACUAAAACUGGUGACUUGAAAUAGUACUUUUAUUUAUUGUUUUAAACCUAUUUAGCCAUGUUUGUAUUCAGUAUUGUUCAGUGUUCUGUGGCCUCAUUAAA